AUGGUAUCGAAGGAGGAAUUUCUUCAUCUCUUUGAUCGCUUUGUUUCCUCAUUUGCCAACAUGAUGGAUAUGCAUGAAGCUGUUGCUAUUACAACUGGUAUCCAAGAGGAGAUAUUUUCAAAGAUGGAAAUUGAUCCACAAUUUGGUCUUGCUUGCUUGGGAAAAAUAAACAUGACCUAUGAGAGUGAUCGAGACCUGAUGAUUCGUUUUUACGAAUUUGUUGCAAAAGAAGAAAUGGCUUGUGAAGAGGCCGAGCUUGGGCCGGACAGGUUUGCUGAAAGAUUAAUGAUGCAACAGAAUUUACAAGAGCAGCAACUGGAGAUGCUGAAGUACAUGCACAACUUUCAACUAAAUUUCAUAUUAAGACGAUUUCCUCAUGAAUGA